UGGGGUUUUUUUUCCGCCUUUAAUGGCGGGAACUGGCUGUGUGCGCCGAGACGUGCUUUGCGUCUUAUCCGAUUGGUUGUCGGCGCUCGGGCCCGCCCUGGCGUCCUUCCUGCGGGCUGGGAUUGGUGGAGCCAGCGGAGCGCCUGGCGUCCCGAAAGCGGCCGCUGUGCGGGGCUGACCGGCCGGACAGGGUUUCUCUGUGUAGCUUUGGAGCCUGUCCUGGAACUCGCUGUGUAGACGAGGCUGGACUCAGAGAUGCACCUGCCUCUGCCUCCCGAGUGCUGGGAUUAAAGAUGGCACCUAUGAAAAGGAUAUAGGACCAUGGCAGCAGAUGAUGACAAUGGUGAUGGAACGGGUUUAUUUGAUGUCUGUCCUGCCUCUCCUCUUAAAAAUAAUGAUGAAGGCUCAUUGGACAUUUAUGCUGGGUUGGACAGUGCUGCUUCUGACAGUACUGCUAGAUCCUGUGUGUCGUUCAGAAACUGUUUAGAUUUGUAUGAAGAGAUCCUGACUGAAGAGGGAACCGCAAAGGAAGCAACAUACAAUGACUUGCAGACAGAAUAUGGGAAAUGUCAGCAGCAAAUGAAAGAGUUGAUGAAAAGGUUUAAGGAAAUACAGACGCAGAACUUGAACUUAAAAAAUGAAAACCAGUCUCUUAAGAAGAAUAUCUCCGCACUGAUCAAAACUGCCAGAGUGGAGAUAAACCGUAAGGAUGAAGAGAUAAAUCAUCUUCACCAAAGAUUGUCUGAGUUUCCACAUUUUCGGAAUAACCAUAAAACUGCAAGAACAAAAGACUCAAGAUCCAGAUCUCCCCAUUUGGAUGAUUGUUCAAAGACUGACCACAGACUUAAAAGUGAUGUUCAUAAAGAUGUACAUCCUAACACUUCACAGCCAAACCUGGAAGAAGGAGGAAAAUCACAUUCUGAAGCACAGAAUCCUUUGCACUUGCCUACGGGUAUUGAGAAACAUUGUGCCAACAAUGUCUGGUCACGUUCUCAUUACCAGGUUGGCGAAGGUAACUCAAACGAGGAUAAUAGAAGAGGAAAGAAUGGCGUUAGACGUAGCCAGUGUAGCAGAGGAACUGACAGACCACAGAAAGACUUGAAUAACAGCUGUAGUGAUGGAGAGCCAAGAGACAAAGAGGCUAACGGCAGACUCCAAGGAAAACCUGAGAAACGUGGAAGCAGUGAAACAAAGCCUGAGGGCAAAAGUCCCGAGAGCAAAAGCAGCACUGGUUUGGGAUAUAAAAGUGAGCGCAGCGCCUCCUCUUGGGAGAAAGAGACUUCCAAAGAAAGGCCACACACUCGAGUGGAAUCUCAAAAUGACAAAAAUCCAGAGAGACAAAAUGGAAGAUUACAAAAUCUGCACAGGAAAGAGCUUCAGUCUCAGGACAAAGCAGAAAGAAAAGGUGAUGUGAAGUUUAAACCAGCAGGAGAGGACCAGGGGCACCGGGGAAGAGUGGAUCGGGCGUUGCCUCCUCAUUCCAAGAAUGACAUGAAAUACGGCUUCAGUAAAUACCAUCCGGAAGAGAGGAGGGGAAGGGAAGAUUGCAGAAGAGACAGAGGGGUGAGCAGUCACGGCUUUCAAGACAGAAGACGAUCAUCUUCUCUUUCGAGCAGCAGAAACAGCAAGCACUCACACUCCAAGGAUGUCAGUGUUGCACACCCGUGGGAAAGUACACCUUUCAAAUCAGAAAGACAUAGGACUGAGGACAGGAGGAAAAGAGAGCGAGAAAACAAAGACGAAAAUAGACAUGUGAAAAAUGACAAAAAAUCGCCUACUGAACAUUUGCAAAGGACUAAUAAAGAAGCUAAGAAAAGCACUACUGAUGUAAAGAGACAGACUGAGCCAAAAAAUGGUAAAUGUGACAUCUCUAAUGAUGAGGUUUCUAAAGGAACAGGUAAUAAAGAAUGUGCAAUGAAAGUUGAGAAUGGACCAAAUGAAGGAAAAAGCAAAGACUUAAAGCUAAGCUUCAUGGAAAAAUUGAACUUAACUCUUUCUCCUGCUAAAAAGCAGCCUGUUUGUCAAGAUAACCAGCAUCAAAUAACUGGUGUGCCCAAGCCCAGUGGCAUGUGUAACUCACAGUCCUCGGAGAAGACUGAAACAGUGGCAUGUCUUCCUUCUGUCAGUGAACGUAGUACAGAGGAAACCAAAUCAGGGUUACCAGAGCCAAAGGAGGCUCUUCCAGCAGCAUCUCAACUCAGGAUCAGCAUUGCAGAAAACAAAACGAAGGAAGAAAAUCGAUUGUUGGUUAAAUCUGUUGAGAAUACUAUGCCUUGUGAAAUGCUUGUUUGUGGCACAGAAAUUUCCUUGCCGGCACAUGCAGAGAUAGAGCAAACAAGACCCUUGCUUCCUUCAAUGGAAGUGGAAGAGACGUGUGGUAGUACGAGGGCCACAGCUUCUGUGGUUAUGGAUGUUUUACCAGGACAUGCUUCUGAAGCCUUGGACCGAGAAUUGGACACCAAAGGACAUAAUGAUUUGAAUUGUUGUGAUAUUUCUGAAGGUGUAAAAAGGAAGGUGGUUCUUUCACCAAAAGCAGCUGUGGCCAGUGAGAGCCUUCUGCAGCCUUUGGUUGAAGAAGCUGGCAUUGCACUAGUAAACUGUUGGGGAGACAAUAAUCCUAAACUCGAAUCUUCUCUUGAAGAUACACCUAUGGUUGAGAAUAAAUCUUGUCCUUUGGAUCCUUAUUUACCUAAAGAGACUUUUGUACCUUCACCACAGAAGACUGAGUUGAUUGACCACAAAAUAGAAACUGGAGACUCAAACUCAGUGUAUCAAGAUGAUGAUAACUCAGUUUUGAGCAUUGACUUUAGUCAUCUGAGACCUAUUCCAGAAGCCAUCAGCCCUUUAAAUAGUCCAGUGAGACCUGUAGCAAAAGUUCUUAGUGUGGAGAGCCCUUGUGUAAUUCCCCAGUUUGAUAACCGUCAUAAAGAUGAAUUUCCAUCCAAUUCAAUUCAUUCUACCUUCAAGAAUCAGUCUGGUCUAAAUAAAGAAAAUAAAAAACCAGUUCCCAGAUUUGACAAAUGUUCAGAAGCAGACUCUUGUAAGAAUAUGUCUUUAGAUGAAUUAGAAGAAGGAGAAAUUAGAAGUGAUGAUGAAAAGUCUGUAGCACAGAAACACUUGGAAAAGAGUGCAAGACCCAGAGCGUCUGCUGACGUGCAGAUGGGUAAAAGCAGCCCAGGGAACAGGAGGAGUACUGCGCAUGUACAUAAGGACCAUAAGCAGACUGUUGCAAAACCCGCUCAGGACAGCAUCACAUCUAGUAAAAGACCAAAUGAAUCUAGGUCUUCGGGCACUGAAAGGCAAAGUAAAACCAUGAGCAUCUCCUGCUUGGAGAAAAUCCUUCCACUUACUCUUGCACCCUCUUCUGUAGUGGAGGUUAUGCGCAUGUUCCGGACGCUAGGACAACAUGUAAGGAAAAAUUACAUGAAAUUCAAGAUGAAAUUUUCAUUGAUACAAUUUCACAGAAUUAUUGAAUCAGCAAUUUUGAGUUUCACGUCCCUAAUUAAAUACCUUGACUUUUCUAAGAUCUGUAAGUCAGUGAGUACUUUACAGAAGAGCCUUUGUGAAGUUAUAGAAUCUAACCUUAAACAAGUGAAGAAGAAUGGCAUAGUUGACCGCCUGUUUGAACAACAACAACCAGAUAUGAAAAGAAAAUUGUGGAAGUUUGUAGACGAACAACUUGAUUAUUUGUUUGAAAAGCUUAAAAAAAUCUUAGUAAAGUUUUGUGGUUCUGUAAAUUUUGGAAGUGACAAUGGUGAAGGAAAACUUGAAAAAAAAUGUAAGGAGAGAACCCAACAUUCAAAUUGUCAGAAGGGGAAUAUGAACAACGACAAAGAAAUACACAGAGAAAAAGUGCCAAAAUCAGAAAAUACUGUGAAUUUUAAAUCUUCACUGGGAUGUGAAAAAUUUGAAAAAAAACAUCAAAACCAAAAUAACAGCAGUACUAGCACAGUAAAGCAUGAUGCAAAAAGACAUUUUAGCACUUGUCCUGAUAAUACAAAGAACUCUGAAUGUAAAGAACAGUUUCUGGAAAUGAACUGCCCAAGCACCCCCAAGCCAGGAAAGAAUGAAGGAAAUACCAUGGAAGAGGCACAUGUGUUGCAGCAUGCAGGUGCUAAGCCAGAGCGGAGUUUUGAGAUCCUUACUGAGCAGCAGGCAUCCAGCCUUACUUUUAACUUAGUGAGUGAUGCGCAGAUGGGUGAAAUAUUUAAAAGUUUGCUGCAGGGUUCUGAUCUGUUGGACACCGGUGUUAACGGUACUGAAAAGACAGAGUGGGAAUUAAAGACUCCGGAGAAACAGCUGUUAGAGAGCCUCAAGUGUGACUCUGCGCCGGCUUGCACAACAGAAGAACUAGCUUCAGAGGGGGCUUCUCCGUGCCCCAAAGUGAUCAGUGAUGAUAACUGGUCUUUAUUAUCGGCUGAGAAGGGUCCAUCUCUCUCUUCAGGGCUCUCGCUGCCAGUUCAUCCCGAUGUGUUAGAUGAAAAUUGUAUGUUUGAAGUAUCUUCUAACCUUGCUUUAAGUAAAGAUAAUGUAUACAGCUCAGAAAAGAGUAAACCUUGCAUCUCUUCCAUACUCUUAGAAGAUCUUGCGGUCUCUUUAACAGUACCAUCACCUCUGAAGUCAGAUGGCCAUUUGAGUUUCUUAAAGCCUGAAGUUCUGUCAACUUCAACUCCUGAAGAAGUUAUUAGUGCACAUUUUAGUGAAGAUGCUUUGCUUGAGGAAGAGGAUGCCUCUGAACAGGACAUUCAUCUAGCUCUGGAGUCUGAUAACUCAAGCAGUAAGUCAAGCUGUUCAUCAUGGACAAGCCGAUCUGUUGCUCCAGGCUUUCAGUACCACCCUAAUCUGCCUAUGCAUGCUGUCAUAAUGGAGAAAUCCAAUGAUCAUUUCAUUGUGAAAAUACGGCGUGCAGCACCAUCUACCUCCCCUAGCCUUAAACAUGGUAUGGUAGCUGAGGAGUCCUUGACAUCUUUGCCUAGAACUGGAAAAGAAGCUGAUGUGGCAGCAGAGGAAGAACCUACUCCAUUUCAGAGUACAGUUUUUAAGUCUGUCGAAGACUUGGAGAAUUCUGACAAAAAUGUUGAUAAUAGCAAGCUAAUUCAUGAAGAACAGAACUCUAUAGUGCAAACACAGGUUCCAGAUAUAUAUGAAUUUCUUAAAGAUGCCUCAAGUAAGGUAGAGCAUUGUGAUCAAGUGGUUGAUGAUUGUUUCAAGUUGCAACAAGUAUGGGAACCAAAAGUUUCUGAGAACCUUCAAGAAUUGCCUUCAACGGAAAAAAUCCCACACUCUGUCGGUGAUCAUCUUCCUAAUACACACAUAGACCUAACAAAAGAUCCAGCCACUGAGACUAAAAACCUGGGAGAACUCAUGGAAGUAACAGUUUUAAAUAUUGACCACUUGGAAUGUUCUGGAACCAACUUAGAUCAAGAUGCACAGAUAAUUGGUAGUUCUUUACAGCCUGAUACUAUAGAUGCUUUUAUUGAUUUGACACAUGAUACUUCAAAUGAGGGUAAAAAUGAAGGUAGUGAACCUGUGUUAGCUGUUGAAGGCUUGGAAUGCCAGGUCAUAUGUAUUGAUGAGGAUAACAAUAAAGAAGCAAAGAUGGGAAGGGCAGGCAGUCCUUUACAAUGCUUUGUUGAAGAAACUUGUAUUGAUUUGACCCCAGAGUCUCCUGGCUCAUGUGAAAUAAAGAGACCUGCUUUAAAAUCAGAACCACCAUCAAACUUGGAUUGUUUAGAGUUGCCUGGGACUCUAAGUAAUGUUCACAAGAAGAGAAAAACCAGUCCUGGUCUAAAUCAUUCUUCUCAGAAAAAACAAAGAAAGGAAACAGACUUAAGUAAUGAAAAGACCAAGAGACUUACUCAGAAUUCUGAUAGAAAUAGUGAUGCUCACAGAAAGCAAGCCAGCAAGAAAAGGGAACCUGCAGUGAAGGACAAUACAUCCUUGCCAUCAGAGGCUAGCCCCGUGGUGAAGGGUUCAGCAACAGCACUUGCUACUUUUCCAACAAGCCUUUCUGCAAAGAACGUUAUCAAAAAGAAGGGAGAAGUUAUAGUUUCAUGGACAAGAAAUGAUGACCGAGAAAUUUUACUAGAGUGUCAGAAAAGAAUGCCAUCCCUGAAAACAUUUACAUAUUUAGCUGUCAAGCUGAAUAAAAAUCCAAAUCAGGUUUUAGAGAGGUUCCAGCAGCUGAAGAAGCUCUUUGAGAAGUCAAAAUGCAGGUAGUAGUAGGUCCAUCACAGGAAGUUAAUGCUGUAAGUGCUAGAUCUUGUCCUUGUGCAUGUCACAACCUUAGUCACUGGAGGAGAUCUGAGUGUGGGUGUGGAAAUGAUUAAUGUCUCCUUACCUGCAGGCUGUUGUAGUAUCACCAGUGACGGCCAGAUCACCACUAUGGCUGAUUCCUUAGCUUAGUGGUUGCGGAUAAGUCAUUAAUUGCUGAAAUCCAUUAAUAAAAUGUGUUUUAAUUAAUGAGUUAUCAGUAUUGCUGGGGAUCAAACUCAAUGCCUUGUGCUUACCAGGCAGCUAUUCUACCACUAAGCUACACCCCAGCCUAAAACAUUUUCCUGUAGAUGAAGAAUAAGAAUCAUAUAGAAAUGUUUCAUAACUACUGAAUGUAUUAUGUAAUCUGGUUUCUCCCUCUCUGUCUGUCUAAGACAGGGUCUCACUAUGUAGGGCCAUCUAUCCUGGGUGUAGAUGUGCAGACCAGCCUGGCCUUGAGCACAAAGAUCUGCCUGCCUGCCUCUGCCCCCUGAGUUGGGGAUUAAAGGUGUGUGCCACCAUGCCUGGCCUCACUUUUUUUUCUUUUUAAUGUAUUUGGAUAUUUUGCCUGCAUGUAUGUAUGUGUAUCAUGUGUGUGCCUGGUGCCUCAGGAGGCCAGAAGAAGGUGUUAGAUCCUCUGGAGUUGUGGGCUACCAUGUGAGUUCUAGGAAUUCAAUCUGCAUCUUUUAAAAGAGCAGCCAAAAUGUUUUGUUUUUGAGACAGGGUUUCUCUUUGUAAUCCUGGCUGUCCUAGAACUCAGUGUGUAGACCAGGUUGGCCUGCAUCUCACAGCAGUUCUUCUGACUAUACCUCUGGAGAGCUGGGAUUAAAGGUGUGCACCACCACACCUGACCUAGCAAAAACUCUUAACCACUGAGCCGUCUCUUCAAAGCCCUUAGCCUCACUUUUUUUUUUUUUUAAAUCUGGAAAAUGUGUUCAUAGAUAUAAAUCUGUUGUCAUCCAAAUACAUGACAAGGUGGACUUUAGUAAAAAUUUCACUGUUUGAAGUCAUAUUUCUGAGGAACCUGAGGGUUCUUUAGUUUAAGCCUGGUUAUGUAGGUUGAUAAAGCAAUAUUUAAAUAUACACAAAUUUUUUUCUGCAGCACCUUAGCCAGUUAAGUAUUUUGUGGUUUUUUAAAAGAUUCAUUUUAUCUUUAAUUAUGUUUAUGCUUGUGUGUCUGUGUUUGUGUUUGUACAUGAGUGCCAGUGUCCUUGGAGGCCAGAAGUGUCAUAAUCCCCUGGAGUUGGAGUUAUAGGUGGUUGGUUGUAAGCCACCCAGUGUGAGUGCUAGGAAAUGAACUUGAGUCCUCUGCAAGAGCAGUAAGUGCUCUUAACUGGUGAGCCAUCUCUCCAGUUCCUGUAUUUUGGAUUUUUAUGGAAGGAAAAAAUAUUACAGUAUUUAAUGUAUCAUUGUUUUUUUCAGUUUGCUUCUCAUCAAAAUUAAUUGAAUGCAAACAUCAAAUUUUAAAGCUAGACAUGGUGGUACAUCCCUGUGAUUCUAGCACUUGCGGACCUGAGAUAGGAAGAUCAGUUCAAGUUGAGGCCACCUAGCUACAUAGUAAGUUCAAGGGCAGCUUGGGCUACAGUGUAAGAUGGUCUCAAAAGCACCUCAAACAAAAUCCAGUUUUGUUUUUGUUUUUGUUUUUCGAGACAGGGUUUCUCUGUGUAGUUUUGCGCCUUUCCUGGAACUCACUUUGUAGACCAGGCUGGCCUCGAACUCACAGAGAUCCGCCUGGCUCUGCCUCCCAAGUGCUGGGAUUAAAGGCGUGCGCCACCACCGCCCGGCCAAAAUCCAAUUUUGAAUUAAGCUUGAAUUAAAUAUAAAUGGAAAUCAUAAUGGGUGCUGUUAAGAAGGCUCAAGGGUAAAGGCCCUUGUUGCCAAGCCUGAUGACCAGAGCCUGAUACGUGUGCUGUGGAACACAUGCCCAACCUCCUCCUCCUGCACAGUAAAUAAAUGUAAACAUUUUAAGAAAGAAGCCAUAUUUGAAUAUAGAUCUUAUGUGAAGGGCUUAAAUAUUUUUUAGUUAUCAGUCUAUUUUAGCCCAUUAUUUUUGAGUUUGAAUCAUUAGUUUCUAAUCCCUACUAUGUCUGAUCUUCUAAUAUCCAUGUUCUUGGAAAGCAGUUGAUUUGCUAGUGAGAUCUUCUAAAGAAACUUAAUAGUUUAUUAUGAAAUUAAAUUUCUGUUUGUAUAGUUUACAAUACAAGACUUAAUAAUAGACAAUUUGGAGGACUAACUUAUUCUAAAGAACUUUUAAACUGUAGUAUAAGGUAUGCAAUGGCAUUGCUGUCUUUAAGAAAUUAACCUCUGCUGGGCAUGUAACACACAUCUUUAAUGACAGCACUCAGGAUCUUUUGAGUUCUAGGGCAGCCAGAAUUGCAUGACACCCUAUUUAAAAAAUUUAAUUAAUUGAUUAAUUUUAAAAAAGGAGAAAAGAACCUCAUCUGGUAGCAUAUGCCUGAAGUCCCAACACUUAGGGAAGUAAGAGACAGGAAGGUUAGGAGUUCAAGGAUAGAUAUACCAAGUUUGAGGCCAACCUGUCUCCAAAAAAGUUAAAAAAAAAAAAAAAAGAGCCUGUUUAAUAUUCUUUGAAAAUAUGAUCCUAUUCUCUGUGAAGAGAAUGUAAAUUUAUGGAGUGAUUAACUUCAGGGGACAGGCAGGCAGGUCUAAUACUCCAGCACUCAGAAGUUAGAGGCAGUAGGAUUGCUACAAGUUUGAGCCAAGCCUAGUUUAUGUGGUGAGUUCCAGGCCAGCCUAGGCCAGAACCCUGUCUCAAAAAGGAAAAAAUUUGGUUUCUCCCUGACCAGCAUAAUAGCACAUAUUGUGGGUUGUGGGUCAUUUCAUUUCAUUUUAGCGGUCUUAACUGAUUUCCCCCUGAACUCCAGCUCUUAUAACUUUGUUAAAUUCUUGGGAGCAAAAACCAGUAUAUUAGUAAUUAGCAAAUUGACUAUGUAUAAACUUGGUUUUUUUUAACCCCAACAUUUAUUAUGAAAAUGGGCAUAUCGGGGCUAGAGAGAUGGCUCAGCAGUUGAGAGCACUGGCUGCCCUUCCAGAGGACCUGGGUUCAAUUCCCAGCACCCACAUGACAGCUCACAACUGUCUACAACACCAGUUCCCAGGGAUCUGACACCUUCACACCAAUGAACAUAAAAUAACAUUAAAAUAAAUUAUUUAAGAAAAUGGGCAUAUCAGAAACCCCCUGUGCAUAGUGAUGCAUGCCUUUAAUCCCAGCAAUUGAAGGCAGAGGCAGGUAUAUCUCUAUGAGUGUGAAGCCAGUCUGGUCUACAGAGUGAGUUCCAGGACAGCCAGGGCUACACAGAGAAACCCAGUUUUGAAAAACAAAAUAAUCCAAUUAUAAUGUCAGUAUUUUCUUCCAUUACAGAUGAGUUGCUGGAUUUCACGGCGUUUCAUUGAUAUUUCUUCUACACAGAAGCUUUGAUUCCUCAUGUUUUAAAUGAGGAACUAAGUGAAGGUUUUGUCUCAAUUUUGAUGACUAGAUGAUCAUCUACAUUUUUUACUUACCUGGUCAUCGUGAUUGGGCUUAUUCAGAUCAACAGUCUGAUUCACUUACCUGUUACUGGUCAAAAUAUUUAUUUUUAAUCAUUUAAAGUUGUUAUCAAAAUGAAAGGAUAAAAGCAACAGGGAUAUAAUACUGAAACCUUAAUUUUGAUAUUGGAUGAAAUAACUUCUUCAGAUUUUAAAAAAUAAUUUUGUAACAUUUUAAAUGUAAUGACUAUUCACCUUUCUAUUCAUUUUUGUUUUUAUAAUUGCCUCUCAUUUUGGAAAAUUGUGAAAUAAUUUAAAUAGUAUAUUUGUAUAUAUGUAUAAUUAUUAUGUUGUAAAAUACUAUGAGUGUAUGUGUCUGUGUGUAUGUAUGCACAUAAAUGGCUUUGCUAGCCAAGGAUUUUUUUAUCUGUAUAAAACACUUUGUAUAAACUUUGCUUUCAGUAACAGUCAUAUAUAAUAAAAACAUGUAAAGUCUUGUUUUAUUUUUUA